CCCAACCCGCCGCUGCCACCACCAACUCGUCGCCUUCCUCCUCACUGCUGCAGUCUGCUCUUCUAAAUUGUCACUUAAGAGACUUCUCUACAUUCCCUAAUCACGCAUUUAUCUGUUUAAUUGCCCGUUUUCCAAGGUUCUCACGGUGAGGCUUCAUUCACAGAAGGCCGACCAUCUCGGCUGUCCCCGCGGCUGUUGCAUGAGACGAACGACUCCUUGACGGCAAAACGAGCUUCGAUCUAAGCAGGCCCCAGCGACGAUAAUCUGAAUUCUUCCCACCCCGACCCUGCAAAUGAAACACGAGGCAGCAACGCGAUAGACACUUAUUACACGAUCCUGGCCCGGGUUACGGCACCCCACAGUCAAGAUGCUGGAAGGCCUGGUCGCGGGCCUCCUGAACCGCUUCUUGGGCAUGUACGUCAAGAACUUUGAUCCCACACAACUCAAGGUGGGCAUCUGGUCAGGAGACGUCAAGCUCCGCAAUCUCGAACUGCGACGCGAAGCCCUCGACCAACUCAAGCUGCCCAUCAACGUCGUUGAAGGACACCUAGGCGAGCUCACACUAGUCAUCCCGUGGUCCAACUUGCGCGGGGCACCUGUCAAGGUCUUCAUCGAGGAUGUCUUUCUGCUCGCCUCCCCCAAGGAGGAGGCCGAGUACAACGAGGAAGAGGAAGCCCGUCGGAAACAAAGGAUAAAAAUGGAGAAGCUCGACUCGGCCGAGCUGCUGAAGGAACGGUCGCAGGAGGGUCUCAGCCCCGAGGAGCAGAAGCGCACCCAGAGCUUCACAGAGAGCCUGGUCACCAAGAUCGUCGACAAUCUGCAGGUCACCGUCAAGAACAUCCACGUUCGGUACGAAGACGCAAUAUCCGCGCCGGGCCACCCUUUUGCCCUGGGCAUCACGCUCGAGGAGUUCAGCGCCGUCAGCACGGACGGGGAAUGGACGCCCGCCUUCAUCCAGUCUUCAACCAAAACGACACAUAAGCUUGCCACGCUAGAGUCGUUGGCAGUAUACUGGAACACAGAUACCAAACUCAUGGGCCCAGGGCGCGAGGCACACACACCAGGAACCGAGGUCACCCCACAUGACCAGAUACUGGAGAGCUUCAAGUCCAUGAUUGCGAGGGGUGACGGCGACCUAUCUCAGAGCCACCAGUUCAUUCUGAAGCCUGUCUCUGGCCAAGCAAAGAUCGAACUUGACAAGACAGGAAGCCCCCAAGUGCCCAAGUUCAAGGCAAACUUGCUGUUUGACGAGAUCGGCCUGGUGCUGGAUGAUCAGCAAUACCGCGAUGCUCUGAUGAUGGUGGAUCUCUUCCAUUACUUCAUCCGACAUCAAGAGUACAAGAAGUACCAACCCAAGGGCGUGACGCCAAAGGAGGAUCCAAGAGCGUGGCUCAAGUUUGCCGGCGAUGCUGUCCUUGGCAAGAUACACGAGCGGAACCGCCGCUGGUCCUGGGACUACUUCCGUGAGCGCAGAGAUGACAGGCGUCGGUACAUCGAGUUGUUCAAGAAGACCAAGCAGAAUCAACCGUUGUCUCCGCAAGAGAGCGAUGACAUGAACAAGUUGGAAUGGAAGCUCAGCUACGAGGAUCUCCGCUUCUGGCGCUCCUUGGCCCGCAAUCAGCUCAAGAGAGAGAAUGCCGAAGCGCUCAAAAAUCGCCCUCCGCCUCAGAAGCAGCAACAGCAGGGCUGGUUGUCCUGGGCGUGGGGUGCGAAACCGCAGCAGCAGGAGAAGCAGGACGGGACCGAAAACAUUCAAAUCACCGAGGAACAGCGCAAAGAGCUCUACGAAGUCAUUGACUGGGACGAAAAAACUGCGCUCGCCGCCGAUGUCGACCAACCCAGGGACACGGUCAGGAUGCAGAUCGAGACUUCGCUCAGCACUGGCAGCUUUACGCUCAAGCAGAGCCCACAUGAAAAUGCCAGGGACCUGAUCAGCAUUCACUUUGAUGUCUUCAAAGCCAAGGGCCUCAAGCGGCCCGACUCGUUCCUCGUGGACCUCAGCCUUGGCGGUUUCCGGGUCAAUGACGGCACGACUCCCAGAAGCUUGUACAAGGAGAUCGUUCGAGUCAAGGAUGCGCCAACACGCGAGGCAGACAAGCGGUUGUCUAUUGCCGAACUCGAGACGACUCGGGAAGAGGCCUUCUUCCAGUUCCAAUUGGAGCAAAACCCCCUGGACGAGCAGGGCGACAUCGCACUGACGGCCAAGCUAAAGCCCCUCGAGAUUGUUUGGAACCCAAAUGUUGUUAUCGGAGUUGCGGACUUCUUCAGGCCCCCUGAGCGUCACAUGGAGUCCAUCAACGCGCUGAUGGAGACUGCCGGCGCCACGGUUGAAGGACUUCGGGAGCAAACAAGGGCCGGACUCCAGUUCGCGCUCGAAGAACACAAGACUGUCAAUGCCAAGUUGGACCUCCAGGCUCCUCUCAUCAUCGUGCCCGAAACCAUCACCAGCAGGAGCGCGCCAUGUGUGAUCCUCGACGCAGGCCAUAUCAGUGUCACCAGUGAGCUUGUCGACAAGGAAACCACAAAGGAAGUCGAAUCCAAACAAAGGCAGACAUACACCGAGGAGAAUUUCAAGCGGCUCGAAUCCCUCAUGUACGACCGCUUCCUUGUCAAGCUGACGUCCACCCAAGUCUUGAUCGGUCCAUCGGUCGAGGAAACGAAGCGGCAGUUGGUAGAAAAAGACGACCAGCGCAUGUUUCACAUUGUGGACAAGAUCAAUGUUGACUUCGUUGUGGAAACUUCAAUCCUACCGAAGGCCCCCAACCUCACUAAACUCAGGGUUUCUGGCCACCUGCCUGUGCUGCAAGUGAGCGCGUCGGAUUCCAAAUACAAGACGCUCAUGCGUAUUAUCGACAUUGCGAUACCUAAGUUCGGGGACAACGAGCCCACCCCGCCCCAGGACACUGCGGGACUCAAAAGACCUCGUCUCGCCAGCAGCGCGUCAUCUCAGCCACGGGGAUGGAGCGAGAGAAGAAUCUCAACACCUCUCCUCCCAUUUUCCACGCAGCAGGAGGCAAUCAUCCUUGAGGAUGACGACAUUGACGACCACGAUGAUAAGUUCGAGGAUGCCAAGGACGGCUCAUCUGGUGAACAGCUGAGGAUACAGCAGCGCAUUUUCGAGUUCAGGUUCACAGUGGACAAGCUGAAGGGCUCGUUGUACCGCAGCGAUCCUGAAAGGAAGAGGCCCGACGAUCUGCUUGUUGAGCUCGUUGCCGAGCACUUUGGCGUCGAAUUCCAUCUUCGGCCGUAUGACAUGGGCGCCGAGGUCUCGCUCGGCUCAGUCACCGUCGACGACUUCGUUGACAAUCCACCUGCCGAGUUCAAGUCGAUUGUAUCGUCGGGAGAUGUCGAAGACCGCCGAGAUGCGAGGGACCUUGUGCAUGUCAAGUUUGUCAGAGUCAAGAAAGAGUCUCCGGAGUUCAUGACGGUGUACGAAGGGAUCGAAACAAACGUCGACGUUGCCAUUUCUACUAUCAACCUGGUCGUGACGCGAAAGACCCUACUCACUCUGCUCGACUUCAUCCUCGUCACCUUCACCAAUUACCAACCCGCUGAUGGCGCUGCUUCCAGAGCCCUCGCGGACCAGGAUUCGGAGCCGGAUGUCGUGGAAGAAUCCCACUCGCCCGUCGAGCAGCCUGAGAGUGGAGCCAUCAGGGUCAAAGUUGAUCUCAAGAGUAUACGGCUCAUCCUGAAUAACGACGGCAUCCGGCUGGCAACCUUGUCGUUCAAUCAUGCUGAUGUCGGAGUCUUCCUGCUCGGCCGGUCCCUGCGGGUUUGGACAAAGCUUGGAGACUUGAGCUUAGUAGACGACGUUAACCUCGGCGUUUCUCAGGACUCAAGCCUGCGCCAACUCGUCACUAUUCAAGGAGACGAGCUCGCCGAUUUCCGAUACGAGACAUUCGACCCCACAAUAUUUGAAAAGUACCCUGGUUACGACUCGUCCAUCUAUCUGCGGGCCGGAUCUGUCAAAGUGAACUUCGUUGAAGAGCCGUUUCGCAAGAUCGUCGAUUUUCUCGUCAAGUUUGGCAAAAUGCAGGCCAUUUACAAUGCUGCACGUCAAGCCGCCGCGAACCAGGCCAGCCAGCUGCAGCAGAGCCAAAGCCGCAUCAAGUUCGAUGUUGUGGUCAAGACGCCCAUCGUUGUGUUUCCCCGCGUCAUCUUCUCAGAGAGGCCGAAAAGGGAUGUCAUCACAGCCUAUCUCGGAGAAAUCUACGCGCAGAACAAGUUUGCACCACUUGACGACUCAGAGAACUCGGAGAUUGGGAUGAAGCUGUCUGCCGGCAUCCGAAACAUCAGGUUGACGUCCAACUUCCACUACAGCGAUGACCGGGAAGAAGAGUUGCAACUCAUCGAGCAUGUUGAUCUCGGGUUCAAAAUCACGUAUGCUGAACACAAAGAUGGCGUCAAGCGGCCAGACCUGGAGAUCGAAGGCUCCAUGACCGAUUUCAACCUUCGCAUCACAUCACACCAGCUCCGCGCUCUCCUGGAGAUCUCCAGAUCCGUCCCUGCCGUGUUCGCCGGCGAUGUCGAACAACACACUGCGGAGGCCGAGCGGGAUGUCGGUGGCGCCACCCUUGCGCGUGCUAGAACCAUGCCGGGCUAUGGCGGCGGCAAUGCAAACGAGAAGCGGAUCGACAUGAGCCCGGAACUCGGCACGCACGGAGAAGCUUGGACGAAGUUGGACCUCAUAUUCACGGUGAAUGAGAUUGGCCUGGAGCUGAUCAACUCCUCCGAGGACGCACCCGUCGGUGACCCCCAUGCCGCCAGCCUGUCCAGGUUCAGCCUCAAUGCCAGCCGCCUGAAGACCCGCAUGGACUCAAACGGCAGCCUCGAAGCCGAGUUCGUUAUCCAAGCUCUCACAAUUCACGACACGCGCCACCGGGAGACGAACAAGUUCCGGCGCAUCAUGACGAGCAGCAACAACAGCGUCGAACAGCUGAUGGCUAGCAUCACAAUGUCUGGUGGCAAGGAUCGAAACGUUAUUGCCAUGGUCGCCGUCGACAGCCCCCGGUUCAUCUUUGCGCUUGACUACCUCUUCGCAAUCCACAAGUUUAUCACCGUUGGCACCGAAGUGGUCGAACCGGAUCUUCCCGAGAGGAGUCCACUGGAAAGCCCAGAGGAAAUGAGCGACGCGGAUUCCGUGCAGGUCCAUAACUCCGUUCGACACUCAGAAAGAAGCAGCAGCCAAGCAAUCCGGUCGAUCAGCCAGCAGCCAGAGCCAGAGCCGCAAAAGGAGGAGGGAAAGAUGACCUUAGCCUACCGGGUCAACGUCGUUGAUGCACAGGUCAUCCUGAUCGCCAACCCGCUGAGUUCCAGUUCGGAAGCGAUUGUCUUGGGAACGAAGCAAGUGGUCCUGUCCCAACAGCACGCCCUCACAUUCCAGGUCUUCCAGUGCGGCAUGUUCCUUUGUCGCAUGGACCGUUUCGACGACUCGCGCUUGAGAAUCAUAGAUGAUUUCUCCAUCCAAAUGUCAAUGGACACUUCACAGCCCGCAACGACAAAGCUCCACGCCGAUAUCGAGCCGCUGAUUCUCCGGUUAUCGCUCCGAGAUAUCCUCCUUGUUAUGCAGACGAUAGCCAAGGCCUCGGAGCUCUCGGGAGCUGCCGUUGUCGACAGGGAGGCCACGGCAUCGGAACAGAAGGCGAAGCAGCUCAAAGCACCUGGCCCAAAGACGAGAACCGCUAGCGGCAAGGCCAUGUCGGCAUCGGCUGCAAGGACAAGGCGGACAAGCAAAAGCGCAGGUAGCAUCAUGCAGAAGGGUGCAGCUCCGCCUCCCCACGACAUCGUCAAGCCGCCGCCAAGAUACGAGGAGCUCACCGUCUCAGUCGAUGGGGUUCGUGUUGUGCUGCUUGGCGAUAUCCACGAACUUCCCAUUCUCGACAUGAGCGUCAAGAACUUCACGGCCAGUGCGGAGAACUGGUCAUCAAAUUUGAAAGCGGAAACGGCCAUCGAGAUGUACACAAACAUCUACAACUUUGCCAAGUCUGCCUGGGAGCCUCUAAUUGAGCCUUGGCAGGUUGGACUCGGAGUCGCGCGGGAUCAGAAGACAGGGGUCAUGUCGGUAGACCUGUCGUCCAAACGCAACUUCGACGUGACCAUCACCACCGCCACCAUCGCUCUCUUGUCCAAGUCUUUUGCCUUCUUCGCGCAGGACCAGGACGUCCUGAGCAAACCUCGUGGGGUUGAGGCGCCCUACCGGAUUCGGAACCACACCGGCUUCGACGUCGUAAUCUACGCUAAGCGGCAGAGCAGCGCGGAGAUAACUUCUCUGCGCCUGGCGGAUGGCCAAGAAGUGCCUUGGAGUUUCGAAGACUGGGAGAAAAUGCGGGAGAGCCUGAUCACCGAGAACGCCAGCGCAAACAAUGUGUCGGUGCAGCUUGAAGGCAGCGGCUUCGACAUGGUUAAGAACAUCCGGCUCACGCGCGAGGGCGAGUUCCUGUCCAACUUAAAGCCGAAGAGGGAUGGUGUUCUGCACAAACUCCUAGUGGAUAUCAAGUUGGGCACCGACAACAUCAAAUAUGUGACGCUGCGCAGCCCGUUGCUGGUCGAGAACGAGACGGAUCUCCCGGUCGAGCUUGGUGUCUACGAUGCCCAUGAGGGCCAUCUGCUCAAGAUCGAAAAGAUUGCCCCUGGUGAGAGCAGGCCGGCUCCGGUUGGGGCGGCCUAUCUGAAGAGCCUGCUCGUCCGCCCCGAUCCUGGCUUCGGCUACGGCUGGGGCAGUGACUCACUGUGGUGGAAGGAUCUGCUUAGGCGGCCGACCAAGACUCUGGUGUGCAAAGGAGAGCAUGGCGAGCCCUUCUAUUUCCAGAUGUCCACGCGCUGGGACAAGUCCAACCCAAUGACCAGGAACUAUCCUUACAUGCGGAUCAAGUUGUCUGCGCCGGUCACGCUGGAGAACCUGCUACCCUAUGACUUCAAGUAUCGGAUAUACGACAAGAACACGAAGAAGGACUGGUCAAACUUCCUCCGCAAGGGGGGCAUCAGCCCUGUGCAUGUUGUCGAGCUUUCCCAUCUUUUACUCCUGAGCGUCGACAUGCAAGACACCCCCUUCAAACCCAGCGAGUUUGCUAUCAUCAACGCCGGCGAGACCGACGAUUUCAAGAAGGAGACGCACCUUGUCUGUCGUGACGAUGCCGGCAUGGCGUUGAACCUCAGACUACACUACUUCCGCAUCCCGGACAGCGGCGGCGCGUUCAAAGUCACGGUCUACAGUCCUUAUGUCGUCCUUAACAAGACGGGGCUGGAUGUGAGCAUCCGCUCCAAAGGUUUCGUUCAGCACGCGAAAGCUACGGCGGGUCAGACACUCAUUGACUUGGGGGACGGGAACGAGCACAAGGCGCGGCCAAUGAUGUUUUCGUUCAACAGCGAUGACCACAGGAACCGAGCCGUCCUGAGGGCUGGCGAUUCGGCAUGGAGCAAACCUCAGAGUUUCGACGCCAUUGGAAGUACCACCGAGGUCGCCCUCCAGUCGGCCGGCAAGAACGCAGAGAUCCACCUCGGCAUCACGGUCGACUCGGGCCUGGGCAAAUACAAGAUGGUCAAGACGGUGACCCUGGCGCCGAGAUAUGUCAUCCAGAACAGACUUGGAGAGGACAUCAACGUUCGUGAGCCCAGCUCGUCCAGCGUGAUGUCGCUGAAGAGCGGCUCCCUCCGGCCACUACACUACCUCCAGAGGGGACCCGUCAAGCAACUGUGUCUUUGCUACCCCGGCGUCGACACGCAAUGGACGGCGCCUUUCAACAUCUCGGAUAUAGGCACGACCCAUCUCAAAAUUGCCCGGCCUGGCCAACGGCAGCGGCUUGUUCGGGUUGAGAUCCUCAUGGAAGACGCCACCAUUUUCCUGAAUCUCAGCAUGGAGCACAGGAACUGGCCAUUCUCCAUGCGUAACGAGAGCGACACCGAGUUCACGUUUUACCAGGCCAAUCCCGACAUCGACGAGGAUGUCACCGAGGACCAUUCCGGGUGGAGGCCCGUCAGGUACCGUCUCCCACCGCGUAGCAUCAUGCCGUACGCUUGGGACUUCCCGGCCGCCAAGCACAAGGAGGUGUGCAUCAGCGCGUACGGCAAGGAGCGUCAUGUCAAGCUGCAGGAGAUCGGGAAUCUGUUGCCCAUGAAGUUCGUUGGCACCAACGGUCAGGCAAAGAUCAUCGACAUUAAUGUUACUGCUGACGGGCCGACGCAAACGCUCAUCUUGUCCAACUUUAAACAGUCAAAGAGUUUGUACCGCCAGCGGUCUAACGCCGGAUCGACCAGCAGCCGUGAAGGCUUUGAGGCGAAGGAACUCGACACCAACACGACGUUCAGGGCACAGCUGAGGCUGUCUGGCAUCGGCAUCUCGCUCAUCAACUCACAACUGAAGGAGCUGGCGUACAUCACCUUCAGAGACGUGCAGCUCCGGUACAGUGACUCGCCGAUGUACCAGACGGUGAGCCUGGCGGUAAAGUGGAUCCAGAUCGACAACCAACUCUACGGCGGCAUCUUCCCGAUGAUCCUCUACCCUAGUGUGGUUCCAAAGAGGGCACAGGAGAUCGAGGCACACCCCUCGCUACACGCAAUGGUGACCAGAGUCAAGGACGACUCGUAUGGUGUCGAGUAUAUCAAGUACGCCACCGUUUUGGUCCAGGAGAUGACUGUGGAGCUUGAUGAGGAUUUCAUCUACGCGGUGUUGGAGUUCUCCAAGAUCCCCGGCGCUUCCUGGUCGUCGACUGACGAGGAGGAUAAGUUGUGCGAUGACAACAUCGACAUACCGCAGCCGAAGCAGCAGCAGGCAGGUCGGGACAUUUACUUUGAGGUGCUCAACAUUCAGCCUAUGCAGCUCGACCUCUCGUUUGUCCGGACCGAGAGGGUCAACGUGGAGGAUAAGACCUCGUCAAAGAACCCCAUCAUGUUCUUCUUCAACGUCAUGACCAUGGCGCUGGGCAACAUCAACGACGCUCCCGUGCGGUUUAACGCGCUGAUGCUGGAGAACGUGCGCGUCUCCAUUCCGGUGCUGAUCCAGAACAUCUCGAACCACUACAGCCAAGAGGCGCUGUACCAGAUCCACAAGAUCCUGGGCAGCGCCGACUUCCUCGGCAACCCCGUCGGGCUGUUCAACAACAUCAGCUCCGGUUUUGCCGACAUCUUCUACGAACCGUACCAGGGGCUCAUCAUGUCCGACAAGCCAGAAGACUUUGGGCUCGGUCUCGCCCGCGGCGCCGGAUCUUUCUUCAAGAAGUCCGUUUACGGCUUCAGCGACUCAUUCUCCAAAGUCACAGGCAGCUUCGCCAAAGGCCUCGCAGCAGCAACCUUGGACAAGCAGUUCCAAGACAGGCGGCGCAUCACCCGGGCUCGUAAUCGGCCCAAGCACGCCCUGUUUGGCGUCACGGCCGGCGCCAACAGCCUCUUCACAUCCGUCGCCUCGGGCGUCGGCGGCCUCGCGCGCAAACCACUCGAGGGCGCCGAGCAGGAAGGCGCUCUGGGUUUCUUCAAGGGCAUCGGGAAAGGUGUUGUCGGGCUCGCCACGAAGCCGGCCAUUGGCGUGCUCGACUUCGCGUCCAACGUGUCGGAGGGCGUGCGCAACACGACGACGGUGUUCGACGGCAGCGAACUCGACCGUGUGCGCCUGCCGCGCCACAUCCCAGCCGACGGCGUCGUCCGCCCUUAUUCCCAGCGCGAGGCGCUCGGCCAGAGCUGGCUCAAGCAGGUGGACAAUGGAAAGUACUUUGACGAGGCGUACAUUGCGCACCUGGAACUGCCGACCGAAGACAUGGUGGUCAUGGUGACGUAUGCGAGGAUCUUGCUGAUACGCAGCCGCCGGCUGCAGACCGAGUGGGAUAUCCCGCUCAAGGACGUGCAGACGAUUGCCAAGGAGAGGACGGGGUUGAGUCUCACGUUAAGGGGUGGGACGAAUGGGCCGUUCAUCCCCAUUAGUGAGGAGAGUGGGAGGACGUUCAUCUAUCGCAUGAUUGCGGUUGCGGUUGAGGAGUUCAAUCGCAGGUUUAAGGGCUUGGAGUAGGGUGCCGACUUUUUCUUUGUUGAGCUCGUGGGCUGGGUCAAGACUCGGAGGGAGAAGCGGUGGCGGAGGCGGAGGCGGAGGACGCAUAGGCCGGGCGUCCUGACCGAGCCAACGGAAGAGGCGGAUGGAAGUUUGUGAAGCCCCCUAGUAGCACUGAGUGUUCUUUGUAUCCUCACUUACCUAGAUUUUGCAUGGCGUUGACGAUCAAUAUGUGACGAGAACAAGAAAUGAUCG